GCUAGAAAUCUUAUUCAAUUUUUAAAAGCUGGUCUACAUAUGACUGAAGAAGAAAUGGACGAAUCUAUUGAAGGAGGAAAUUUAUUUAAUACAGUUUCUAUAAUGACAGCUGAAAAAGAUAAAAAACUUUUAUUUGAAGAUGUUAAAUCUCGUCAUGAAGAUAUUAUUAAAUUGGAAGGGUCAAUUAGAGAAUUACAUGAAAUGUUUCAAGAUUUGGCAAUGCUUGUGGAAAGUCAGGGUGAAAUGGCAGAUCAUAUUGAAACGAAUGUUAUUUGUGCAAAGGAACUUGCAUUUAAAGCUUUGGAUAAUGUUAAAGGAGCAGAGGCUGCAAAGAGAAGGAAUAUAAAGUUAAAAAUCGCCUUGGCUAUUUGUAUUGUUGUUGGCAUCAUUUUUAUUUUCUUUAUGGGAACGACUGUUUUUUGUGUCUACUUUCCAUUUAUUUGUCGUUAAUUUUAUUUUUUGAUUUAUGAUUAUAUUCUGUGCCUUAAUUACUGCUCAAAAAUGUUGGCAUUUCUCUGUUUCGAAAAUACAUUAGAGUUGUUCCCGGGUUGGAAGGUGAGGGGGCCUUAGAAAGGGUUGUGUGAAAUUUUAAUAGCAUCGUAACUGGGGAGGGUGGGCGGGGAAAUUUUUUAA